GCUGAACUAUCCACAAAAGAGGAAGUCAAAGCUGGAGAGGACAUGUCUGAGCUUAGUUAAAAAAUGCAACAAGAUGUUUUUACGGGAUUUUCAUGUGACCUGAAGAGGCUGUGGCCUUUACAGAAGGACUAGAAUAACAUCAGGCUGAGCUGUUGAGUCAUUGGCUGAGCUGCAUGGUCCAGACUCCACUCUGCACAUAAGUGGCAGGGGUGAGAUUUCCUCUGUUAGCUCUGCUGUGUCGCUCUCAUCCUUCCUCUGUCUGUUCGGUGCCUCUGUGUGGCUUUCUCCGAGCCAUGGGCCUGCGUUCCACACUGGGAAGCCUUCUGUUUUUCCUCGGGCUAUAUGGGAUCUCUGCAGGAUUUGUACAGGAGAACUGUACCGACUACAAGGUCCAGUUUGGGAGGGUUUUCUCUGUGCCUGGGGAUAUGGCUAUGCUGAAUAGCACCCUGGUGUCUCCAGACGUCUUCGACUUCAGAACUGUCCCUUACAACAUCACCUGGCACGACUCAAAAACGGGCCGAGAAAUGAGCAACCAGACUGGUCGAAUCCUGGUGCACGGGGAGACUCUGUGGUUUCUUAACAUAACACUGGACGACGAUGGAGACUAUGUGAGCAUACUGAGAACUCCCUCUUGGUGCUACAGGCAGGCCACCAAGCUGAUAGUGGAACCGCCAGUUGCUGGAGAGUGUGGAAGGCCAAGGAAAGCUAAUCAAAUGCUUACAAAGGGAGUCACUGACAACCUGUCCUGCCCUCUGAAGCACUAUAUCUAUAAACUGGACAGCUACAACAUCACUUCCUCCAUCAAGUGGUACAGAGGUUGUGACCCCAUAGUGGAUGGGACAGGCAGGUAUACCUACAGGGAUAAGACCGAACUUAAGAUUGACGGGGUGGAACCUCAAAACAACAGCUUCUACACCUGUACCUUGACCUUCACUCUCGAUGGCAUCACGGGAUCCGUGUCAGAGACCAUUGAUGCAUGGGUCAGAGUGGAGUACUCUUUGGUUCCAGAAGUGCAUGAACCAGCCAAUGAAAUACUCAGGGCACAGAUAGGGUCCAAUUUCAGCAAGCGGUGCCUAGUGUUUGUGCCGUGUGUUGGGAGGCCCUCAGUUGAUAUCGCUUGGUUGGUCAGAGGCGAUUUCAUUUUCAAUACCCACUUUGACCGUGUCUACACAACAAAACAACGUUCGUGGAGCCAGGAUGUUCCUAGGAAAGGUGUGUGGUUGGAGCAACUGCUGAUGUUUUCUGAGCUGAGGGAGGAGGAUUUCCACAUCAACUAUACUUGUCGAGCGUACAGCGCCAGGGCCUUUCCUGAGGGAUAUUUUACUCUGCUACCAGCAGAUCCCAACAUCAUACUUCCCAUUGGAUUCGUGCUUGGUGGUGUGACGGUUCUCUUUAUCAUCAGUGUCAUCAUCUACUACCUUUUUAAGGUUGACAUUGUGCUGUGGUUCAGGAGAGCGUUUCCAGUCCUCUAUACAAAUAAAGAUUUGGAUGGGAAGCUGUAUGAUGCCUAUGUGGCAUACCCACAGCCCUGUGCCAUCGGAUUCAGCAAAGAAGUGGAGACGUUUGCCCUUCACACACUGCCUCAAGUGUUGGAAACGGCUUGCAGCUACAAACUCUUCAUAGCAGGCCGUGACUGCCAGCCUGGGCAGGCCAUAGUGGACUCAGUGGAAGAGAACAUACAAGCCAGUCGCCGUCUCCUUCUGCUCUACACCGCCUCCACUUUCACCAGCAAACGACACACAAGCAGCAGUAGCAAUAACAACAACACCAUCUAUAAGAGCAGUGAUAGCAGCGAAGGCAAGACCAGAGACAGCAGUAGCAGCAUGAGUUUUGAUGAUAGUGAAGAAGUCUAUUCAGACACAAGGCAGCAGUUGGAGUGUGUGGAAGCAAUGCACAGAGCGCUGCUGGAGGGAUCUCUCAAGGUGGUUCUGGUUGAGUUGGAAGAGAUCACCCCAGCUCAGCUGGCUCUCUUCCCAGAGUCAGUGCGUCACCUGAGGAAGAAGCAGGGCGCCGUGUGCUGGUGGAAGAACCUGAGGACCAGUCAAAGUUGGAGGACAUGUAUGAGGAGGAGAGAGGACGAGGAGAAAGGUGGACAGGACACGCAGUUGUCACCAUCCCUCUCCCCUUCCUCCAGGUUUUGGAAGGAGAUGAGGUAUCAUAUGCCGGUGAGGGGCAAGAGGGCGGUGUACCCCGAGAAGACUGCCCUGCUGAGCUUAUGAUGGAGUUAUGAUAUGUAUGUGUCAAGUGUUGAACCAGAGAGGAGCUGGUUUCCUGUGCAGUGUGUAUGGUAAAGAAUGCCCUCACACACAGACAGUUCAGAAAUACUGUGCUGUCACCAGAAGCUGUGAGGACCGCAUUCUGAGUCAAGGUUAUAGCACAGGUGGACCAUAACAUACUCUUACUACAAGAGGUACAUUUUUCCUUUAGCUUCUAAUUGUGUAACUUCUCAAGUAGCACAUUUCUGAUAGCAAAAGGUCAUAAUUGUACCAUGUACAGCAUGUGCUGAAGGUAGAGUAACUGAUCAAGAAAAGGUGGAAGACGCUUUGCUCAAAGACUCAACGACAGUAGAACACACUUGAUGUACAGAUCAUCACAGUGUCUGGGCUAUCCUGAGAUUACCUGCAUCGGUAUAUGAACUGCUGUUAUUCCCUAGCAGGUGGAGACAGAAGAAUAAUGUGGACAAAGGACUGAUCAAACCAAAUGAUAAUAUGUAACUGUAAAAUGUACAUAUGUAUGACCAAAAGUGUAAAUAUGUAAAAAAAAAAAAAAAAAAAAAAAAAAAAAAACUAAAACAUUUUUUCAAAUAAGUAUUUCUACAGUUUCAUAAGAAGUCAAGCAGCAAAUUGUGUGCUUCAUUUUAACACAGAUGAGGAACUGUAAAGCCAACAGCCCAGGGAGGGAAACGUUUAUUAAAAAUUUAUUUAUUUUUACUAAAUGUUAUUUAAGGCAGCACUUUGUUAAACUAGGUUAAAAUGUGUUAAAAAAACAGAAUUGUGUGCUGACAUUUUUCAUCAUAAUGAUUAUUUUCAUUUCAUGCUGAACCAUUUCAAGUAUUUUUUGUCUCCCUUAGGAUUUUGUUCUUAGCAGUAUGCAAAAGCCUUCGAAUUAGCAUUGACUGUAGACUGCCAUCGGACACAAAUUGUCCACCACAUAUUGUAUAUUCAAUGGAAAGGAAGCUCUGAGUAACAGUACAGCUUUGAAACAAGAUGAAUUUCCUGAUGAGGGUCUUUGAAUAGAAGCUUGACUAUUUUGUCAAUAAAUGGGAAAUUUGCCAUGGAAA